GAUACACAAUCAUAGAUAGUUACUGCCUAUCAGCAAACUGUUUAGUCUAAGGAAAAUCUGUUCAUUUAGUCUUUAACUAUAAUCAAAAUUAUUAUGUAUCCAUCUCUCUCCAUCUAUCUCUCUCUCUAUCUAUGUAUCCAUAUAUGUAAUAAAAGGUAAGUGCAUAUUGGUUAGCACCAAACAAAAAAAACAAAACACUAAAGGGAUAAUGUUUUAUAAUCUACAUAGUGUAUCUAUGUGUAUAUGAAACAUUUAAAAAGGGGAAAUGAUUCAUAAAAUUAAAUAAAUUUAUCAGGAAAAAAAAAUGGUAAUAAUUAAUGAAUGAAUAAAUGAAUUAAAAUAAUUAUCAGAAAUCAAAAGUAAAAAAAAAUCUUCAACUCAUUGUUGUCAAGGAUUACAUAAUCAAUUACAAUCAAUGUUACAUAAUAAUAGAAAAGAGAAACAACCAUAGCAACAAUAACAAUAUAGCAACAACAGCAUAGCAACAACAAGUGAUUUGUAUUAAACAUUUCAUAAUAUACCUGUGGAAUCAUUCAAAAAAAAAAAAUCGGAAUCAUUUAGGUGAAUUUUAAUGAUGAAUACUAUUCAAUAUGGAUUUAUAUAGUAGUAUAUUCAUAUUAGAUUAUAUACAUGUAAUGGGUAUAAAUGAAAGCAAUAUUCCUUUGUUUCGUUAAAUGAACAAUAAAAUUAUCUGAUCAAUUAUUUUUGUUCAAAUUAACAAUUAUGGAAAAUCAUUUUGAUCAUCAAUUGAAUGAUCCAGAUUCUGAGUCAAAGUUAUUUUACGAAAAGAUUCAACAAAAUUAUUCAGAUUGUAAUAAACCAUGGAAUAUACUUAGUGAAGUUAUUAAACAAGUGAAACAAGAAUGUUUUGAACGUGUCAAAAGUUUAGAACAAGAGAAUUUAAUACUUCAACAACGUUAUAAAGAACUGGAAGAAAGAGUUUUACCUUUGACAAAAUCAUUAAAUGGACAACAAGAUCUUCAAGAGUUUUUAAAACUUUUAUAUUCCAAUCCAAUGAAUCCAACUACAGUAAACUUUACAUCACCUGAAUAUGCUGAUUUGAAGAAUUCAAAUACAGUUGAACAGUUAACUAAUCUUUUACUCUAUACAAAUAUAUCGCAAAAGGAUAUUCUAUUAAAUUAUCAUCAAUUACAUAAACGAGUAAUUCAAUUAGAACAAAUUAAUUCAUUAUUAUGUUCUAUUCUAUGUAAUAAACAAUUCAUUUCAUCUUUAAAUAAUUCUAAUGAUUAUGUAACUAAUAAUCACCAUAGUGAUUAUUUUCUUAUUAAAAAAAAUAUUAAAAAAAAUUUAAAAUUAAAAAAUUUUUUUUAUAAAUUAAAACAAAUUUCACAAAAAUCAAUACCAACUAUACAUUCCCAUUAUAAAUAUUAUACAAUACCAUUAAAGAAUUCAACAAGAAGAAAUGAUGAUUAUAAUUAUCAUUAUUAUUAUUCAGCAGAAAAUUUAUCUUUAUAUAAUUAUACUACUGAUAAACAGAAUACCCAUUUAUGGAACCAUACUACUAACAGUAAUAGUAGUAGUAGUGGUAAUAAUAAUGUUAAUACUAAUGGUUCAUCUCAUUCCAUAAAAGAUUUACAAUAUGAUUUCUUUGUAAAGCCAAAUAAUGAGAAUAAUAAUAAUAAGACGAAUGAUUUUGUACAGAAUUCUAUAGACAAUCGUCUUCAUCAAUUAUCUUCAUGGAAUCAAUGUACAGUUGAUCAAUCAUUGGAUCAUUCAAAUACUGAUAUUGCACAAUUCUAUAAAAAACAACCAUUGAAUUCAAUAAAAUUUAACUGGAUACAAUCAAAAUCUUUACCUAAUUUACAAAUAACAAAUGUUGAUUCCACUUUAAAUGAAACUUGUUUACGGACAAACUCUUUGAAACUACUACUACCACUAACUGAUUCAUCAUCCCUGAUUCAUCCCCCUAACUAUACAAUGAAACAUUUAAAUGAACAAACAACAAUAGUAUCAUCUAAAAAUUUAUUAAAAUAUAAAACAGAAUCAUCUAAUUGCCAACUAGUACAAAACCUUCACCUUAUAACUGAUAUCAUUUCACCUUUUAAUCAAACUAAACAUAAUGAAUAUUGGUGUAAUAAAUCAUUAUCUAAAGGAUGGAUACAAUUACAAGAUAUACCAUAUCAUGGAUUACAACAUGAAAUCAUCGGAGCACAUAGUCAUAUGAUAUUAGGUACAAGAAGUUUACCAUUAAUAGUUAAUAAACCAAUAGAAACUAAUUGGAAGAAAACUUCAAAUUCGUACUUCAUUUCAUCAUUGAAUGAAAGUUAUUCACAUUCAUUUCGUAAUUCAAUUGUAAAUAAUAUUCAAUUAAAAACAAUCAUGGAAGUAGAUUCUGGUCCAUCAAGUUAUUAUGAAUUACUUGGCAACAAUAUUAAUACUAAUAAUAGUAAUAAUAAUAAUAAUAAUCAUAAUCAUAAAGGUGAUCAUAAUUUAAAAGUCAAUAAUUGUAUUGAAAAGAAAUAUAAUGAUAAAAUGAAUAAACCAUCGAAAGUGUAUAUAUCACCUAAUCAAAAUAUUGAAUUUCUAUCGAAUUCAAAACAAAUUUUAUGCAGAGAUCAAAAAUUACGUUAUCAUUAUCCAUUACGUUCUACAAUCCAACAUUCAUCCAAUACAAUGACAUCAAUGAAUUCACUUAACUCUAGAAGUUAUGACUUAGAAACUCAUAUGAAUUAUUAUGAUACAUUUCGUAAAUUACGUAAUGCACGUAAAGAUUUACGUUUUGGUGUAUUUAGUGAUACAGAAUUAUUAACUGGUAAAUUUACUAUCACUUCCACGGAUGAUUCAGCUAUUGAUAGUGGAGAUGAAGAUUUACAUAGUUCAUUGGAUUCAUUAUGCAUUAAAAAUUAUUUAACUAAAUCUAAUAUAAAAGUUAAUAAUUUCAUUCAUGAGAACAAUACUACUAAUAAUACUACUAAUAGUAGUACUACUAAUGCUACUUCUACUACUACUACUACUACUACUACUACUACUACUACUACUACUACUACUACUACCACUAAUACUACUAUUACUACUAAUACUACUAUGACUACCGAUACUACUACAACACUAAUAUCAAACUUAUCAAGUACACAUAAUAUGAAUGAUCAAGUUUGUAAUCAUUCAAAUGGGAAAUUGAUUUCAACGAAUGGCGAUAUGAAAAGAUUAAAUACUGCAAAUACAAAUGAAAGGGACAGUACAAUUGUAUCUGGAUACAAACAGAAAAGUAUUGAAUAUGAUAAUACUAUACAAAGUAUCAAUCCACCGGAAGUAAACAAUGUUUCAGAAUGUAGAAAGUACUCUUUGGAUCCAAAACCUCUUAAAAAUUCUUCUGAAACCUCAACAAACUUAUCAAGUGAUUCACAAUGUAAUCUCAAAGUUGUUGCUCCACCACCAGUGGUAAUCUAUCGAAGAAGAUUUCAAAAGCUUACAUCUAAAAGAAUGUCAAAGUUUACCGAUCGACAAAAAUCCUCUAAUUGUAAAAAUUUAGGAGAUAUGAAGUCCUCUAUGAACAAGACUGAGAAUAUGAUAAACACAGCUUUAGCUGUUGAUAAUCAGUUACAGACAGAAGUGAAACCUUCAGAGAUACCUUUAUCUCGUGAAAAUAAUCGUAGUAAUAACGCAGAAAUAAGCAAAGAAACCUCCCAGACAAACAUGCAUACCCCUGACUCAAUUUCACCAGAGCGAAAUAAAGUUUUUUGUCAAACUGUCACAACAGAGAAGCUUUCUCCAAUUGACAAACUUGGAAACAAUCGUUCAAUGAAAACAUUACAUGGACCACAACAUGCUUCAAAUAGUAAGACACUAUCAUCAUUAUCAUCAAUAUCUAUUUCUCAUAAUUCAAAAAUAAAAAUACCUCAAUUGGACGGUACUACAACAAAUAUGCCAGUGUCACCAAUAAUAUCAUCUUGUUCUAAUGAAGUUAAGAGUAUUGUGAAUGAAAAACCUUAUUCUAAAUAUUCUAAUUGUAUAUCAUCGUCUAUGACAUUGAAAACAACAAACAAUGUCAGUAAAUUCUGCGUUUCUAAUACAUUGAAUUCCCCUGAAAUCCGUCGUCUAAGAAUUAUAUCUCAAAGUCCAGUAAAGUCUCUUGCCAGCACAAUAUCGAACAACUUAAAUAACUUUAAAAUAAACUUUAUUUCAUCAGCUGCUUCAAAAUCAUCUCCAACAUCACCGAUUUUAUCAAAAACUAACACUUCUAGAACAGUCUCUAAUGGUAAUUGUAUUUUACAAUCCCCAGUGCAUGAUAGUAAAACUAUCUUAACUGAAAAGAUCCCGAAAAUCGCUACUUCUUUGUCUUCUUCAAAUACCACAACUGUGAUAGAUUCAUCUUUGAAAAAGAUCAGUAAAAUUGUUAAUAAACCUAAAGUUAAUUCUGAGAAAUUACAUAGACGUACGCUUCAUUGUAAUCAAAUUACUCCACCAACAUCUGUACCACCACCAAUACCACCACGUACUACAUCAAGAUCACAAGCACAUCAAGGGAAAAUGAUGAUAUUAAAACCUAAAUGCUUUAGUGUUACUAACAGUCCUUACAUGUCUACUCAAGAUGAUGUUGGUGUUUCUAAAAACUUUAUCGAAAACUCAGUAAAUAAUCAUACAGGGAGUUCUUAUAACAAUUACUCAUUGAAAAUACCGUCAUCUCCUGUAAAUUCUUCUAUAAAUAAUAGAAAAUUGAAUAUUCAUCAAUUACAAAGUGAAUCUUUAAAUGAAUUAAACAAUUUGAAUAAUGAUAGUAAAUUAUCAUCCAUGUCUUCCCAAUGGAAACGUCCAAUUCAUUCAAAAAUAGCCACAGCUGUUGGAACACUUUAUAAACGUCCUACAGAACAUUCAUUGAUAAAAUCUCCAAUGACUUCAUCAAAGUCGAUAUCAUCAUCACCAUCAUCAUUGUUAUCUUCAGUGAUUAAUUUAACAACUCGUGAUGAUUUAUUAUUUGAUUCAUCGAAAUAUACUACUAAUAAAAUUUGUGAAAAGUAUAAAAAUUUACAUAAUGUAAAUACAUUGGAUACAAAUGGUAUGAAUAAUGAACAAAUGGAACAGAGAUUAAUGUAUCCAACACAUAAUGUAUCUAAUUAUUAUAAUCAAACAAUAGAUAAUACUGAUUUACAUGCUCAAUUCAAUACUACUACUACUACAAUAACAACAUCAAUGACACCAAUGAAAGAGAAUAGAUUAAUUGAAACAUUACAUAAACAUCAACAAUGUUUAUCAAAUUUACAAAAAUAUUCAUAUGAUACUCAACAGUAUCAUCCACAUUUACGAAAUCAUCAUCAUCAUCACCACUACCACCAUCAACAUCAUCACCAUCAUCAGCAUCAACAGCAGCAGCAGCAGCAUCGACCACAACAACAACAACAACAACAACAGUCGUAUCAUUCCCAACAUUCACAACUAUUUCAACCUUUUGAAUCGAAUGUACUUCAUCACACAAUCAAUAAUAGUCCUACUAUUACUACUACUAAUAAUAAUAAUAAUGUACAACUGGAUACAAUAUCGGAUAAUUUAAUUUACCCUAAACAUUCAUCACCCAUUUAUACAAUAAACAAAUUACCCAAUACAAUAAUAAAUUAUAAUCAUAGUAAUUUUUAA